AUGGUCGCUCGCGCCGGCGUCAUGAAACGCCGCAUUUCGAAUGUCGCAGCGACAAGUGCCAACAACGUGCCCUCGUUGAGUUUGAUGGAAGAGUUGUUUGGAGAUGAUUUUCCCGAAGCGUUCGCGGGUAGUGUUGGCGGCUACGUGCACAAGAGUAGGAGAACAAUACUGGACCUACCGGCAGAAUUGCUGGCCGUUAUUUGUGAAGACUUGUCGAAACUGGACAUCAAAAGGCUGCGGCUUGUGAACAGAAGUCUGGCGAAGAGGGUGGAGCUACGUAUCGAUCGUGUCUACAUCUCGCCAAACCGGGCGAAUCUGGAGUCUUUGCAGAGGAUUCUCGGGCACAAGCGAUAUCGCAAUCGGGUGCAGGAGAUUAUUUGGGACGAUGCGCAGUUGGAGGAGUAUUCGUCGCUGGAAGACUUUUCUCAUGCGAUACAUAACGACGAGAAGCAAUUGGUCAACGAUAUCGAAACCCGUCUUGAGGAUGCUAUCAAUGGACAAAACGAUGACAGCUUCGACUACCAGGCUUUGGAGUACGGCGACUUGUUCCAAGAUGGUCGAUUGACUGAUGUCGCAAAAGGGCUGUUGCUGCGAUACGAUGAUCAAACAUCGAGAGAUUUGAUUGCUAGGUGUGCCGCGAUGAUGAGCGUCGAGGAAAGCUAUGCAAUUUACCAGGAUCUGUACAGGGAGGAGCAGGAGAUUAUGAAGCGAGGCGAUGAUGUUGCUGCUCUACAAUAUGCGUUGACGGGCUUUCCAAAUGUGAGGAGAAUAACUCUGACGAGCGAGAUCUGGAGACCCUGGAAUCUACUUCCUACCUACGACACGCCGCUUUUCCGCUCCCUACCCCCGGGUUUCCGCAAACCCUCUGUGUGGCCAUGGUUAGGCCCCAGACCCCAUCCUACUCCGGCACAAACCGCACAUCGCGACAAAGUAAUGGCACAACCUCUCGAUGGAUUACCGACUGAGUGGAGGGGUUACAGCAUCCUCGUAUCUGCCUUGAUCGCUUUGCCAAACCCCAAGAUCGAAGAGUUUAUCAUAGACGUAGGAAACGAACCCACAGGACUACCACACCAGCUCUUCGCUGCACCGAACGAAGACUACACGCUUACGCUUCGCAUGCUCCAACAUCUUCCACUGAAAAAACUCCAACUCGCCUUAAAUUCACACGGCGCUGCACACGUGGGGUACACUUAUCUCACUUCCGGCCUCCUCUUCUCCGCCCUCAAUACUCUGCCCAAUCUCGAGUCCCUCGAUUUAAACACAAACUCUCACGCACGCAUCAUCCGACUCGUAGAGUUUUGGACAGACCCCUCCAAGCUACUGCCAUUGUCCUUGAUGCAAAGACUAAGCCACUUCGCCUUGCGUAACACAGUGCUGUGCACGAAUCUGUGCUCGAGACUGUACCCAUUCUUGGCAAGCAUGACCAACGUCAGAUCCGUCGUACUUGAUAAU